AUGCCCGAGGCUACGUCCACGAUCAAGCCCAUGCCCGACCCCUCCAACGCGGAAUCCCUCUCCAUCGCCAUAAUCGGCGCCGGCAUAACCGGCACCGUGCUCGCACUAGGCCUCACAAACCGCCCGUUCCCCAUCCCGGUUACAGUGCAAAUCUACGAGCAAAGCUCCACUUUACAUGCACCCGGCGCCGGAAUCGCCUUCACAGCCAACGCACGCAAGUGCCUCUCGCUGAUCAACAGCGCGCUGGAAGACUGUGUGACCCGCGUCGGGACCAGGAAUGGCGAGGACCCAGAGCGCCCGAAUGACUACAUGCAGUUUGUGGACGGGUAUACGUGGGACAGAACCAAGGGUGCUGGGAUCAAAGUCGGACAGGAUCUGGCGGGCAAGAAGGUGUAUCGGUUGCAUGCGGGGAGGAGGGGGUUUGAGGGGUGUCAUCGGCAGGAGUUUCUGGAGGGGGUGUUGAAGGAGCUGCGGGGUGGGGUGGUUGUGCUGGGGAAGAGGGUGGAGAGUGUCCUCCCCGACCAGGACCAGGACCAGGACCAGGGUGGAAGUCGUGACGGAGGGAAGACGCAGCUCGUGUUCAGCGACGGGAGCAGAGCAGAGGCGGACGUCGGUACGUCAGCCCUAAGUUAG